GGUCGGUAUGGUAUGCUUUGAAAUCUUUGACGGCGCCACUGUACAUCGAUCACUGUAAUAAACAUGGUGGCGUGGAGUGGUCUGCUCCGUUCCGUAGGGCAAAUUUUGUCCCGAGGAACUGGAAUAUUGGCCAAAAAUUCGGCCCAAAAUGGCAUCGUCCAGAAGCGUCUCAUGUCGGAGCAUCGCACGAUGUCAAUAGAGCCGAGCCGAUGGCAAUGGCAUAAAACCAAAGAUCUUUUACAUUUAUACACUCUGGUCGGGGCUAUACCGUGCGUCAUAACCAUUAUGCUGUCCCAGAUCUUUGUUGGUCCUGCUGAACUCCAACCAAUUCCAGAGGGAUAUGUACCUAAACCUUGGGAAUAUUAUAGAGACCCCAUUUCCCGUUUCAUAGCUCGUUACAUAUACAAUCCUCCACAAAUGGAAUAUGAGAAAUAUCUUCAUUAUUUGUGGGAAGAGUCAGAGCUGAUAAAGAUCAGAAGACUGGAAGCACAAAUCCAUGAUCUUAUGUAUGAACGCAAAGAUUACCGGGCGUACUAUUAUCAGCCAUACGAGGGCAAGUACAUAAGAAGCUCUUACAAAUGGGAGGCUGAUGCCAGGGAUUUGUAUAAGGGCUCUUAAUGAGUAAAUAAUAUCACAUUGGAAGAGUUGUGGUUCACGUGAAUCAUCGUAAUCAAUCUUAUAUAACCUAAGAAGCUCCGAUUUGCCUUGAAAAAAGGAUAUUACGCUAUCUAUCCAGACAUAGUACUCGAUAGAUCAAAAAACUGUUAUGGAAAUGUGGGGCUCAAUGAAAAUUCAACAGCAUUGUACAGUUAUUGUGGAAAGGAACGAAGUAGUGUUAAUAAAAUCUUCUUGAACCUGA